UGAUUUUACAUUGUCAGUUUGGCCAGCGGCAUAAAACUAGCUUUUGUAACUUUAAACAGAAGAUCUAUCCACGCAGUCGCCUGUCAAAAGUACAAGAUGUUACUAGAAAACGAUACGUUUUUAACAGAACUGACAAAGAUGUUUCAGAAAGGAAAAUCUUCAGGUUCAUUGAUGUUAACAAUGAAAAGAUGGGACGGUCAUACAAAGCCACAGCCUAGAAAAGGAAAUCUCCCAGAUCCAACAGAAUUUAAAUGUUUAAUCAGAGCCUCAUUGGGAAAUAAAAAACUUAGUACAGUGGUCAGUCAAAAGGAUGUUAACAAAUUUCAAAUGGCUUAUGCUAACUUGUUGAAAGGAAAUAUGGAUGGAUUGAAAAAGAAAGACAAGAAAUCUGCUUCUGGAAAAUCAAAGUCAAAAGCUACACAUUAAUCAUAUCAUAUAACCAGAGUCCUACUAUUUUAAACAAUAGAAAAUUUCAGCAUUGGUAAGGGAAGGAACUCUUUCAUUGAUCUGUGUGAUGGUACAUACAUUGUUAAGAUAUAAAUGUGAAAAAGGCUCUCCUUACAUUAAAAUCAUCACAACAGCUGACUGUUUAAUAGAUUUUCAAGAUUUUUUUAUGAGAUUUGUUAAUAGAAAAUGUAGAAAAAUUGUAAAGCUUAGAUUCAACAAAACAGCAGAGUAAUCUUUUACCACCAUGAAAAUUUGAACUCAUUCAGAAAAAAUUUUAUGACCUCUCUAUGAAAAAAAAAAUCAUACAUGAUGGGUUAUGUUUUCAAAGUUUCAUAGAUGAAGUAAAAUAUUCAGUAGGAAAAUUUUUCCUUUUGUUGCAAAACAGUUAUAAUGAUAUUUGUGUAAAAUUGUUUUUUAGCUACACAUACUAUGUAAUGAAACAUUAACUUUUGUAAAUAGACAGAGAAUUGCAAUGAGAGUUGAUAUAAUUGGUGUAUGAUGUAAGAAAGGUUGAUUGAAUGAAAACAAUAUCAAAGUAGUCAAAAAAAUCUUGUGUAAAUUUUAAAGGUUAUAAUAUAUGUUGUGUUGUGCUUUGUUUAUUCAUAUUUUAUUAAAACAAAUAUGUUAAAAGAAAUGAAUAGAGAUAUAAAAGUUAUGUUUAAUACAUUUAUUCAGAAUUGUUUUUACAAUAUCAAAUCUUAUUAAAAUAGAUAAUCAAUUAAAAAUAAACCUACCAAUGAAUAUUUGUCACCAAUUUUACCUCAAUUAUUAGCUGUUAUCAGAGAUACAAUUUUUACUUAUUACUUAUUAGUUUAUUGCUUACAGACCACAUUUGUCUAAAUGUAUUGUAUCAGACUUAUAUUGAAGAAUAUCAUAUAUCAGGCAAUUGUUUACAUUUAAAUUGGUUUUUUUCAUUGAUGCAGAAAUAAGUGUUUAUGAAGUCCUAUUUGACAGGUUUGACAUUUGUAUAGUUUAAUGGUGUUUGAUUAUUAAAUUUUUCACAUUAGAUGAUCAGCUUAGCAAGUUUUUAUCUUUCAUAGAAAAUAUUCUGAUAUACACAUAUGUUUUGAGUGCAAGAUUUAUGAAAUAUGCAAAUUUAUGGUUUGAUAGAGAUACAAUAGACAACAUUGAGUUGGUAUUUGUGAUUUAAAGAAUAGUCGUUGCAAUUUUAUUGGUAGUUUGAGGUGUUUUGAGUCAAAAGAAAAUCUGAUGUUUAAUGUUAGUUGUAUAGUUCUUUUUAUUUAUCAGAAUCAUACUACAUUAUGGUAUUGAAAAGGAAAAAUAAUACAAGUGAAUGAACAUUAUUUUGUUGUAAGCAUUUCUUUGAUUAAUGUUAUUGAUACAAGUAGGUUAAAUGUAUACAAACUAUUAUUAAGAAAUAAACAAAACUGUUUAUUAAAAUUAAAUUUAUUUAA